AUGAUUGAUAAUAGUAAUGCAAGAGUUGUUGUUGAAGAUAAAGUCAAUGCAGAUGAUGCUAAUAUAGAUGAAACUAAUGUAGUUGUAAUUGAAAAAGUAGAUGAUAUUGAUACAGACAACAAGGCUGGUAUAAGCAAAGUCAGUUUGGAUAAUUUAUAUUUAUUGGCUUUUACACCUUGCUUAUCUGAUGGUUAUCUAGAACACUGUAAAGUAUUAAAGUUUGAGGAGAUAUUAGAAAUG